UUUGGGCCGAUCUGAGAUUAGGGCACGACUAACUCACAGAUUAUCGGAUUAAAAAAUAAUUUAGGGGUGUAAAACGAGAAAACUCGCGAAUAAAGAGACGUUUUGCUUAACAAACAAAUAAAAGUGAAAUUAGACUUAAAUGUAUGGCCAUUCCAAUUCAAGAUUUUAGUUAAAAAAAACUCCGUACAAAGUGUCUUUGUUCCUAAUGUAAACACUACGCAGUGCAAGGUGUCGAUGGCCCGCCCCAGCACCAUCACGAUCAGGAAGCACUCGUACAUAAGUGACUGAUAAUCCUGCUCUAAAUCACUAAAACACGAGCCAACCCUCCUACUAAAUAUACUUCCUGAUUUAGCAAAAGAAUCGAACGAUAUCCAAGCUAUGAUUUAUGAAUUUUGUUCUCUAUAAAUAUCAAAUAUAAUUUCCGAAUCUUCACUCGGUGGUUGAUAUAAAUCCUUGACCACGAUCAGGUACAAUCUGGAGCCUUUGUCGUACCUGGAAGCGAAAUACUCGUGGAAAAUCUAGACAUUUUUUCAAUUCCUUGGAGUUUGCGUUUCGUUUAGGAAUUUCUUAAUUUUGAAGUCAUGUUUUGGAUUGGUAUUACGCUGGCUGUUUUCACCAUCGUCGUCCCUGUAUAUUCUACUCCCUGUGAUAUUCCCCAAUUAUUACAAGGAAAUAUUGUCAAGAUAACUCAUGUCGCUGGUGACGUCACCAGACCAUCCGUCGAAAGAUCCAGUUUUUCGUACGAUGCAUUAGGUCAGCGGUAUUACGCAAACGUUCAACUGGACGAUGGGACUUCGUACCAGUUCAUCAAACUCUACAAAGAGAAAAAAGUGUUCAARAUUCUUUCUGACGGAACGUGUCAAAUAUUUCGUACACGCUCAACCGACACCUUUCCCUUGCUGAAGAUUCCAACAUCAAAGUUCGAAGUGCGUCUGUCCAGUGCGCCUGAACUAAAUGUGUAUAGCGGAAGCACGCACAAAGGUCAAUUUGUUGUCUCAACAUUAGGGAACAGAUGUCUUCCAUUGGCCUGGACAGAAUAUCUACCUCUUGGACCCAGGUUUCUCGUCAAAGAACAGCAUUUUUCUGGAAUAGAUGAACAAGUCGACUUCAACAAAUUCAAUCCACCUUCAACCUGUGUUAAGCCAAGGUUUCUCGUUCCAUGGUAGUGGCAUCGUCUAAGAUUCCAACGCUUAAAUUGUGGACUGAAUCUCUAGGAGCUGUUAAUAUUUAACUCAAUUGUAUAAAAUGUAUUUUAUUUGGUAAUUUAAUCUCUAUUAUAUGGCGAAAGGAAAAUUGAAUGAAUAAAAAAUACCUUAUGAAAAAUAAAGGAUUUUAAAAUAA